AUCAGCAUGGGCUGUGUGAGGCAGAUCCAGCUUCUCCUCUGGAAAAACUGGACCCUGAGGAAAAGACAAAAGAUUCGCUUGGUGGUGGAACUUGUGUGGCCUUUAUCUUUAUUUCUGGUCUUGAUCUGGUUGAGGAAUAUCAAUCCACUCUACAGCCAUCACGAAUGCCAUUUUCCCAACAAGGCGAUGCCCUCAGCAGGACUUUUGCCAUGGCUCCAAGGAAUUUUCUGCAACAUGAAUAAUCCUUGUUUUCAAAGUCCCACUCCUGGAGAAUCUCCUGGAGUUGUGUCGAACUAUAAUAACUCCAUCCUGGCAAGGGUGUAUCAAGAUUUCCAACAGCUCCUCAUGGAUGCCCCAGAGAGCCAGCAUCUGGGCCAAGUCUGGGCAGAGCUGCGCACCUUAUCCCAGCUGAUGAACACCCUCAGGACACACCCUGAGAGAGUUGCAGGAAAGGGGAUGCGCAUUCAGGACAUCCUCAAACACGAAGAAGCACUGACACUAUUCCUGGUGAAAAACAUUGGCCUGUCUGACUCGGUUGCCCACCUUCUGGUCAGCUCCCAAGUUCGUCCUGAGCAGUUUGCUCAUGGAGUCCCGGACCUUGCGCUCAAGGACAUAGCGUGCAGUGAGGCGCUGCUGGAACGCUUCCUCAUCUUCAGCCAGCGCCGAGGGGCGCGGACGGUGCGGGAGGCCCUGUGCCCCCUCUCUCAGGGAACCCUGCAGUGGGUGGAAGACACGCUGUAUGCCAAUGUGGACUUCUUCAAGCUCAUCCGUGUGUUUUCCACACUCCUAGACAGGGGUUCUCAAGGUAUUGAUGUGAGAUCCUGGGGGAAAAUAUUAUCUGAUAUGUCGCCAAGAAUUCAAGAGUUCAUCCAUCGGCCAAGUGUGCAGGACUUGCUUUGGGUGAGCAGGCCCCUCAUGCAGACUGGGGGACCCGAGACCAUCACGCAGCUGAUGGCCAGUUUAUCUGCCCUCUUGUGCGGCUACCCAGAAGGAGGAGGCUCACGGGUUUUCUCCUUCAACUGGUAUGAAGACAACAACUAUAAGGCCUUCCUGGGGAUUGACUCCACCAGGAAAGAUCCCGUCGAGUCUUCAGAUGGAAGCGCAACGACCUUUUGUCACGCAUUGAUCCGGACCCUGGAGUCAAAUCCUCUCACCAAAAUUGCCUGGAGGGCCGCAAAGCCUUUGCUGAUGGGAAAAAUCCUCUUCACUCCGGAUUCCCCAGCAGCUCACAAGAUACUGAAGAAUGCCAACUCGACUUUCGAGGAACUGGGACGCUUUAGGAAGUUGGUCAAAGCCUGGGAAGAAGUAGGGCCCCAGAUCUGGGACUUCUUUGACAAGAGCACACAGAUGACCAUGAUCAGAAACACCUUGGCGAACCCAACAGUCAAAGACUUCUUGGACAGGCAGUUUGGUGAAGAAGGUUUGACUGUGGAGGCGGCACUGGACUUCCUGUCUAAUGGUCCACAGAAAAGCAGAGUGGAUGACAUGGCCAACUUUAACUGGAGGGAUGUGUUCAACAUCACUGAUCGCACUCUACGGCUGGUGAAUCAGUACCUGGAGUGCUUGAUUCUGGAUAAGUUUGAAAGCUACGAUGAUGAAACUCAGCUCACACAGCGAGCCCUAUCUCUGCUGGAAGAAAACAGGCUUUGGGCCGGAGUGGUGUUCCCUGACAUGUACCCCUGGACCAGCUCCCUGCCACCCCAUGUGAAGUACAAGAUACGGAUGGACAUAGACGUGGUGGAAAAAACCAACAAGAUCAAAGACAGGUUUUGGGAUUCUGGCCCCAGAGCAGAUCCAGUGGAAGACUUCCGGUACAUCUGGGGAGGGUUUGCCUACCUGCAGGACAUGAUUGAACAGGGGAUCACCAGGAGUCAGACACGGGCUGAGGUUCCUGUUGGAGUCUAUUUACAGCAGAUGCCUUACCCCUGCUUCGUGGAUGACUCUUUUAUGAUCAUCCUGAACCGCUGUUUCCCUAUCUUCAUGGUAUUGGCUUGGAUCUACUCUGUCUCCAUGACUGUAAAGAGCAUCGUCUUAGAAAAGGAAUUAAGACUGAAGGAGACCUUGAAAACCCAGGGGGUCUCCAAUGCAGUGAUUUGGUGUACCUGGUUCCUGGACAGCUUCUCCAUCAUGUCAAUGAGCAUCUUCCUCUUGUCCAUAUUCAUCAUGCAUGGGCGAAUUCUACACUACAGCAACCCACUAAUCCUCUUCCUGUUCCUGCUGGCUUUCUCCACGGCAACCAUCAUGCAGUGCUUCCUGCUCAGCACUUUCUUCUCCAGGGCCAGCCUGGCUGCUGCCUGCAGUGGCCUCAUCUACCUGACCCUCUACCUGCCGCAUAUUCUCUGCUUCGCCUGGCAAGAGCGCAUGACCGCCAACCUAAAGAUGGUCAUGAGCCUUCUGUCUCCAGUGGCAUUUGGCUUUGGCACUGAGUACCUGGUUCGCUUUGAGGAGCAAGGCCUGGGGCUGCAGUGGACCAACAUCGGGACCAGCCCUGUGGAAGGAGAUGGAUUCAGUUUCCUCUUGUCCAUGAAGAUGCUGCUGCUCGAUGCUGCGCUGUACGGCCUGCUGGCCUGGUACCUAGACCAGGUGUUUCCAGGAGAACAUGGAACCCCACUUCCUUGGUAUUUCCUUCUACAAGAGUCCUAUUGGCUUGGCACUGAAGGGUGUUCAACCAGAGAAGAGAGAGCUCUAGAAAAGACAGAGCCCCUCACGGAGGAAAUGGAGGACCCAGAAGGCCCAGAAGGAGGUAAAGACUCCUUCUUUGAACGGGAGGUUCCAGGCUUAGUGCCCGGGGUCUGCGUGAAGAAUCUCAUCAAGGUUUUUGAACCCUAUGGCAGGCCAGCCGUGGAUCGCCUCAACAUUACCUUCUAUGAGGGCCAGAUCACCGCGCUCCUCGGUCACAACGGAGCAGGGAAAACCACCACCCUGUCCAUCCUGACGGGUCUGUUGCCGCCAACAUCGGGGACUGUGCUUAUUGGGGGAAAGGACAUUGAGAGCAACCUGGAUGCCGUCCGGCAGAGCCUUGGCCUGUGUCCACAGCACAACAUCCUGUUCCACCACCUCACGGUGGCGGAGCACCUCCUGUUCUAUGCGCAGCUGAAAGGGAAGUCCGAGGAGGAGGCCCAGCUCGAGAUGGAGGCCAUGCUGGAGGACACGGGCCUCCACCACAAAAGGAAUGAAGAAACUCAGGAUCUCUCAGGUGGUAUGCAGAGGAAGCUGUCUGUGGCCAUUGCCUUCACGGGAGAUGCCAAGGUGGUGGUUCUGGAUGAGCCCACCGCUGGGGUGGACCCCUACUCAAGACGUUCCAUCUGGGACCUGCUCCUGAAGUAUCGCGCAGGCAGAACCAUCAUCAUGUCCACUCACCACAUGGACGAGGCUGACCUCCUCGGGGACCGCAUCGCCAUCAUUUCCCAAGGAAAGCUCUACUGCUCGGGCACCCCACUCUUUCUCAAGAGCUGCUUCGGCACUGGCUUCUACUUAACCUUGGUGCGCAGAAUGAAAACCGUGCAGGGCCAACGGCGAGGCCUUGAGGGGGCUCGUGACAACUGUGUGUCUCCCGGCUGCUCCGGCACGUGUCCAGCCUGCCCAGAUGAGCCGAGUCUGGAACAAGUCCUGGAUGGGGAUGUGAAUGAGCUGAUGGAUUUGGUUCACCACCACGUCCCAGAAGCAAAGCUGGUGGAAUGCAUUGGCCAGGAACUGAUCUUUUUACUUCCGAACAAGAACUUCAAGCAGAGGGCCUAUGCCAGUCUUUUCAGAGAGUUGGAGGAAACACUGACUGACUUGGGGCUCAGCAGCUUUGGGAUUUCUGAUACCCCCCUGGAGGAGAUUUUUCUGAAGGUCACGGAGGAUUCUGAUUCAGGACCUCUCUUUGCUGGCUACACCCAGCGCACGAGAGAGGACGUCAGCCACCGCCACCCCCGUGCGGGUCAGACAGAGACGGCCAGACACACGUCCCAGGCCUCCAGCUCGGAGGAGGCGGCUCCUCACCCCCAGGGCCAGCCGUCCGGAGCACCGCAGGAGCGCGCGCGGGUCCACUCGGGAGCACGGCUGGUUCUGCAGCACGUGCAGGCGCUGCUGGUCAAGCGAUGCCACCACGCGGUUCGCAGCCACCAGGACUUCCUGGCCCAGAUUGUGCUCCCGGCCACUUUCGUGUGUUUGGCUUUGAUGCUGUCCAUCAUUGUCCCUCCAUUUGGUGAAUACCCCGCGCUGACCCUUCACCCCUGGAUGUACGGACAACAGUACACCUUUAUCAGCAUGGACCAGCCGGACAGUGAGCAGCACUCGGCCCUCACCGAAGUGCUCCUGGACAAGCCGGGCUUCGGCAACCGCUGCCUGAAGAAAGAGUUGCUUCCGUGAUACGUGUGCGGCAAUGCAACCCCCUGGAUGACGCCCACUAUGGCCCCGAGUGUCAUCCACCUACUGCAAUGGCAGGAGUGGACAGCGGACAACCCCUCGCCCUCGUGUAAAUGCAGCACCCGCGACAAGCUCACCAUGCUCCCCGAGUGCCCCCCGGGUGCAGGGGGGCUUCCGCCUCCGCAGCGAACCCAGCGUAGUGGUGAAAUUCUGCAGGACCUCACCAAUAGGAACAUCUCUGACUUCUUGGUCAAAACGUAUCCCGCACUUAUAAAAAGCAGCUUAAAGAGCAAAUUCUGGGUAAAUGAACAGAGGUACGGAGGAAUUUCUGUCGGCGCAAAGCUACCGGCUCUCCCCCUCACGGCUGAUGCCCUGGUGGGAUUUCUCAGCGACCUGGGGCAGCUCAUGAACAUGAGCGGGGGCCCUAUCACCCGAGAGGCCUCUAAAGAAAUGUCUUCCUUCCUCAAACAUCUAGAAACUGAAGACAACGUUAAGGUAUGGUUUAACAACAAAGGUUGGCAUGCCCUGGUCAGCUUCCUCAACGUGGCCCACAACGCCAUCCUACGGGCCCGCCUGCUUGAGGACAGGGACCCUGAAGAAUAUGGCAUCACUGUCAUAAGCCAGCCCCUGAAUCUGACCAAGGAGCAGCUCUCGGAGAUUACUGUGCUCACCACGUCGGUGGACGCCAUGGUUGCCAUAUGUGUGAUUCUCGCCAUGUCCUUCGUCCCGGCCAGCUUCGUCCUUUAUUUGAUCCAGGAGAGGGUGAACAAAGCCAAGCACCUCCAGUUUCUCAGUGGAGUGAGCCCCACCACCUACUGGGUGACCAACUUCCUGUGGGACAUGGCGAACUACUCUGUGAGCGCCGCGCUGGUGGUCAGCAUCUUCGUGGGCUUUCAGAAGCAAGCCUACACUUCCCCGAGCCAUCUUCCUGCCCUUGUGGCCCUGCUCCUGCUCUACGGGUGGGCCAUCAUUCCCAUGAUGUACCCAGCGUCCUUCCUGUUUGAUGUCCCCAGCACAGCCUAUGUGGCCUUGUCUUGUGCUAAUCUCUUCAUCGGCAUCAACAGCAGUGCCAUCACCUUUGUCCUGGAAUUGUUUGAGAACAACCCGAUGCUGCUCAGGUUCAACGCCAUGCUGAGGAAGCUGCUCCCCAUCUUCCCCCACUUCUGUCUGGGCCGGGGCCUCAUUGACCUGGCGCUGAGCCAGGCAGUGACGGACGUCUAUGCCCGGUUCGGUGAGACACACUCCUCAAACCCCUUCCGGUGGGACCUGCUGGGGAAGCACCUGACCGCGCUGGCGCUGGAGGGGGUGCUGUACUUCGUCCUCACCCUGCUCUUCCAACACCACUUCUUCCUCACCCGAAGGAUGGUUGAGCCCACAAAGGAGCCGAUCUUAGAUGAAGACGAUGAUGUGGCAGAAGAAAGACAAAGAAUUAAUAGUGGAGGAAAUAAAACGGCUCUCUUAAGGCUUAAUGAACUGACCAAGGUUUAUUCUGGCAGCUCCAGCCCAGCAGUGGACAGGCUGUGUGUGGGGGUCCGCCCUGGAGAGUGCUUUGGCCUCUUGGGAGUGAAUGGAGCUGGGAAAACAACCACCUUCAAGAUGCUCACCGGUGAUACUACGGUCACCUCAGGCGAUGCCACCAUAGCUGGCAAAAGCAUUUUAACCAGUAUUUCUGAUGUUCGUCAAAAUAUGGGCUACUGUCCUCAGUUUGAUGCCAUCGAUGACCUUCUCACAGGGCGAGAACACCUUUACCUCUAUGCACGUCUUCGAGGGGUACCAGCAGAGGAAAUUGAGAGCGUUGCACUCUGGUGUAUCAAGACUUUGGGGCUGACUCUCUACACAGAUCGCCUGGCCGGUACCUACAGUCGGGGUAACAAGCGGAAGCUCUCCACAGCCAUCGCCCUGGUCGGCUGUCCGCCACUGGUGCUGCUGGAUGAGCCCACCACGGGCAUGGACCCCCAGGCUCGCCGCAUGCUGUGGCACACCAUCAUGAACAUCAUCAGAGAAGGCAGAGCUGUGGUCCUCACGUCCCACAGCAUGGAAGAAUGCGAGGCUUUGUGCACACGGCUGGCCAUCAUGGUGAGGGGGACCUUCCAGUGUCUGGGCACCACUCAGCACCUCAAGUACAAGUUUGGAGACGGCUACAUCGUCACCAUGAAGAUCAGGUCCCCGAGAGAUGGCUCGCUGCCGGACCUGAACCCGGUGGAGCAGUUCUUCCAGGGCAACCUCCCGGGCAGCGUGCAGAGGGAGCGGCACCACAACCUGCUGCAGUUCCAGGUCUCCUCCUCCUCCCUGGCCAGGAUCUUCCAGCUGCUCCUCUCCCACAAGGACAGCCUGCUCAUCGAGGAGUACUCCGUCACGCAGACCACGCUGGACCAGGUGUUUGUGAACUUUGCUAAACAAACUGAAACUCACAAUCUCCCUUUGCACCCUCGAGCUGCUGGAGUCAGACAAUAAGCUAAGGGCAGCUGGCAGCUGGACAGGAACGCCGAGUAG